AUGAAUAGAACACAUACACCAAAUAAUCGCAAAUUCCAUGAAGGAAUUAAUAUGAAGUCCUCAACAAAUGAAGUAAAAAAAAGUAAAAGAAUAGAGAAAGAAUUAAGCCAUUGGUUUCUUCAAAAUAUAAAAAAAAAAGCAAAAAAAAAAAAAAAAAGAAAAUUAAAUGUUUAUAAUAACAAUGAUAAUAGUAAACAUUUAAAACCAAAAGUUGUAAAAAAAAAAAAUUCAAAAAUUAUAUUUCUUCACAAUGAAAAUAACACAAGCACACACUCAGUGGAAUCUACAAGAUUUCAAAAGUUAAAAAAAAAAAAAAAAAUUAAGAAAGGAACUAAAAAAAAAGCAAUAAACAAAAUUAGCAUUUUAAAGCAUAAAAGCCACGAAUCCUUUCCUUCCCCACAAAAUGAAAAUAUACCUGAGCUUGAACCCAAAGAAGCUAAUCCAUUUCCCUUGGAAAUAGAAAUCAAUAAACCCAAUGAUAUAGAUAAGCAUAGUUUAGAAAUAAGUAAAACCCCUUACCCAGGAAAUUUCAAUGGCACUACUAAAAAUUUGGACAAUAAUGAAAAAAUAAGGGACCUCGGUCCAUUUCACGGAAUUGACAAUAAUUAUGAAAAUUAUACAACUAAUAAUACAGAAAAUAUGCAAAAUAUGAUAAAAAAACAGUAUGGAAAAAAUGAGCAAGCUUAUAACAGUGACAUAAAUAUAAAUAGUUUUGUCAAUAACGCCAAUAGUAACGAUCAGAAUAGGAGUUUAUUUUAUGAACUUACGGAAGCUAUGGAGAAUGGUGAGAUCGAAGAAAACAGCAAUAGGAAUAUAAAUAUUCGGCUUAAAGAAGAGAAAGAAGCUGAAGAGGAAGAAAAAAAAAGAAAUAAUGAUGAGCGUAUUCGUGAAAAUGCCAAGUUGGAUAAUGAAAGUAACAACUUCGAUAAGAAAGAUGAUUUAGUUAGUUUAGAAAAAAGUUGUGAAUCGAAUAGUCCAAAAAAAAUUAUACGGAAGGGUUCAUUAAAUGGUAUGAGGAAAAAGAAUAAAUCUGAAAAAAAAAUGAAAACAAAAAUUAAAACUAAACAGAAAACGAUAAGACAAAAUAGUAUUAAUGAUACCAUAAUUGAUAAAAAAAAUAUCGAAAGGAAAUCGUCAACUUUAAUUGUGGGACUUAAGAAGAUGAAGACGAAGUUAAGUAGAAAAAGGAUAAGCCCAAAAAAGGAAUAUAAAGAAAAAAAAAUAUACAGUGAUAAACUAAAAGAUGGAGGAAAAGACAUAAAAAAGUAUAAGCAAAAGGAUAUAGAUAAUGGAAGUUUCACUAAAGACAAUAUAAUAGAAAAUGUGAAAGACUCUGGCAAAGUUGGGUAUGAAAAAAACAGUAAAAUAAUAGAUCAAGAGGAAGAGAAAGAAAAGUUAGACAUUAUUAUGGCGAAAAAAAAUGAACCGAGAGCAGAAGAAGAGAUAAAACUGGGAGUUGACGAAAAGUUCAAAGUAAAAACUAAAGAAAAAUCCAAAAUAGAAAAUGGGGAAGGGCAUAAAAUAGAGAUUGAUGAAGAAAAUUCAGUAUUGACAGUGACCAAGAAUAUGAAAAAUGACGCAAAACUUGAAGCAGAUAUUAUAACAAUUGAAGAUGGGGAAUUAAGAAAGAAUGAAGAAGAAAACUGGAAAAACAAUGAAAAAGACAAAAAGUCAGAGGAAAGGAAUAUGGUAGAAACCCAAAUUAUUGUAAAAGAGGAAAAGGGGGAAGAGAAGGAAAAAGGAGUUUUAAAAAAAAAAAAAAAAAAUAAAGGAAAGCAAAGGAGUAAAGAAGCAAAAGGGGGUGGAGAAAAGAGCCAUGAUGUAAAAAAGGAAAAAAAAGACAACGAACAUAAAGGUAGCAAAAAAAGUGAAGAAAAAAAUGACGAGCAAAAUGACGAAAAAAAUGAAGGAAAAAAUGAAGGAAAAAAUGAAGAAGAAAAUAAAGCAGAUGACCCAAUUGAGGAAAAGGACAAAUUAUCGAAUGUUCAGAAUGCUCAGAAUAUUAUUAAGCAUAAUAAAGUGAAUAAAAUAUUGGAGAAAUAUAUAAUUUCAAAAAAGGAAGAAAAUAUUAAAAGGAAAUAUAUGAAUAGAAAAAAGUUUAUGGAUAUAUUAGAUAUUGGUGAAAAACGGUUUAAAAUAGAUACUAUAAAUUUUUUUCCACAUACUAUAUCCCAAGUACGUUAUAGUGAUAUAUAUUUUUUUUUUGAUACAUAUGAAAAAGAAUUAAAAAAAAGUAAUAAUGGCAAGAAUACAAUAAAGUUAAUGAAAAAGCUAUUUAAAUGUGAAUAUAUUGAAAUGAAUAAUAUGGAACUAGUACUUCAAAUUUUUGAUAAAAUUGUAGAUAAGUUAAAAAAAGAAUUAAAAACAGAGUCUAUAGUAAAAAUAUAUGAUGAAGAAGAACAUGUAGUUGCAUCUAAAAUAAUGAAAUAUAAAAAUGGGAAUUAUGAUAAAUAUAUGCAUAACAAAAAUAAAUAUGGUUGGAAUGGGAUGUCUGAAAAUAACUUAUUUAAUAAAAACCUUUUGGGUCAUCAAAAUAAUUUAUUUGUUUGUAAUAGAAAUAAUUUAUAUAAUUUAAUUUUUAAUUCAUCUCAAGGUGAAUAUAUAAUAGGGUCUCAUUCUUUUUUAGUAUUACAACAAUGGAGUGAUGAAUAUAAAUUAGCUAUGUUAAGAGAUAAAUUGGAACAAAUGAAAAAAAGAAAACAGAAAAUGACUGCUCCUGUAGCAACCUAUAUUAAAUCAUUAAGAUAUGGCUUUAUAGACAAUUUGUUUAAUAUAUGCUGUUUACAUGAUUGUAAAAAGAGUGAUAAUAAUUUGAACUAUUGCGAUUUUCCGUUUCCCCUACAAAAUAGGUUACCCCUAAAUAUACAAGCUUACGUAGAUAAUAUGAGUUUAAACCCUGAGUAUAUUCCACCAAUGAAAAUGUCAAAAGCGAUUCGGAUUUUAGCAUCUAGUUAG